AUGAUGUCAUUUAACCAUUACGGUUACAACAGUUUGAAAAACGAACAGACCAACAAACGGCUGAGAACGGCCGACUACGAUCGGGAGUCRCGAACCACCAACAGUUCCGUUUCGUCGUACGAGGACGGUCGCCGCAAAAACGCCGAAACGCAGCCCAACCAUAUACUUCUGUUGACCAUCACCAAAGUGACGUACCCGAUAAACACAGACGUCAUCCACACCAUUUCCAAAGAUCAUGGUAACGUUCUGCGCAUAGUUAUAUUUAGGAAACGCGGUGUACAAGCCAUGGUUGAAUAUGAAGAAGUGGAACAGGCCAUACGGGCUAAGCAGCUGAUGGACGGUGCUGACAUUUACCAGGGGUGUUGUACAUUACGAGUGGAGUACGCCAAGCCGUCCAAGCUAAACGUCUACAAAAACGACUCCGAAACGUGGGACUACACCACACCAAAUCCUGGGGAAAAGAAAACUGCACCCCUGUUACCAGAUCCUCCAAGAGCUCCUCUAAUAUCCACUCGACCUACAUUCCCUCGAUUCGAUUUUGAAUGUCGAGGCGGACUGUUAUCUACACCUCAUGAUCUACCUAAUAAUAAUUAUGGUGACAGCUAUCCGGCAACCCCUGGACGUUGUGUUCUAAUGGUAUAUGGUCUAGAUCCCGACAAAGCAAAUUGUAAUCGGCUAUUUAAUUUGUUUUGUUUGUAUGGAAAUGUGGUUAAAAUUAAAUUCUUAAAAAGCAAGGAGGGCUGUGCGAUGGUACAGAUGGACAAUGAAAUGUCUGUAGAUCGUUGUAUGGACAAUUUGAAUAAGCUGACACUUAUCAGUGGUAAUGUGUUACAGCUGCAGGUAUCAAAGCAAAUGUAUUUGUCUGAUAUUAUGGUACCGUAUGAUCUAUCUGAUGGCACUCCUUCAUUCAAAGAUUAUUCCAACUCAAAAAAUAACAGAUACCAUUCAAAUUCUAACGGAAAAAAUCGACGUCAGACCCCAUCCAGCGUGUUGCAUUUCUUCAAUGCUCCACCAAACAUAUCAGAAGCUGAUUUAUCUCAGACAAUAUGCAAAGCUGUWAAAGAUGUUGAUCCAAAAAUUAUCAUUAAGAUGUUUCCUCCCAAAGGUACAGAAGCUCGUAGUUCGUCUGGACUUAUUGAGUUUACAGAUAUGGCUAUAGCUGUGGAAGUGAUAAUGGCUGUUAAUCACUGGCCAAUAAAAUGUGAAUCAUCCAAGUUUCCAUACUUACUCAGACUAUGUUUUUCAUCGCUACCCAAAGGAAUAGCGAAUGCCGAGAUGGCACAGUGACACUGCGCUGCUUAAUGAACUACCGUAUCUCAUGUUUGUCAAUUAUUACUUUUUAGUGCAUAAUAUUGGGUUAUUUUUAUUUUUAAAGAGAAAUCGACUAUGUUUCACAUUUCCUAUUAAUAAGYUAAAAGGACUAUGGUUAAUGUCUGCCACCCCCUUAAAAUGUUUUCGUAUAUUUAUUAUUAUUAAAUAUAAUAAUUAUUUUUUUUCUGUAUAUGUAUUAUUAUAUUAUAAUGUAGACUUGUCAAUUAUGAAAAUCAAACCAUAUCUUCACUAUUUUUGUUUCUGUUUUUAAUUUAUACUUAUGUGUACAAUAUUUCUGAUGAAUUCAAUGUCAGAAUAUGCCGAAAUUAGGGAUAAGUGGUGGGACCAAAACCAUAAUCUUGCCAAUAAACUGUCCUAAUAAAGAAUUUGAAACAUAUUUUUUUGUCACAAAAUGCUAAUGAUGCGUGCACACUUAAUAUGAUACUGAAAUAUAUGAUUCCUAUUAUUAAUAUUAUUAUUGAUUAUGGUACUGGUACUAUUUGUUUUAGGAGGAAUAUUUUUCCCAGAGAUAUUUAGCUUGAUAGUAGAUUGUUUUUAAAUUUGUUAAUACUUGUAACUUGUAAGUAAAGACAAUUCRUUUUAGUUUUGUUUUAAUAGUAAUAGAUUCGUCAUAGUUGUUUUAUGUUUUCUUUAUUUUGCAACAAUUAUAAAGAUUUAGUUGAAAGUUUAAAAUGUAUAUUAGUCUAGUUAUAAUAAAUUAUUAGGUUGUAUUUAUUUUAUUUAUAAUUUUAGAAUAAAAAUGAUAUAUGAUUAAAGAAAAAAGUUAUAUAAGUUACUACUGUUUUUAGUUUCCUAAAACUUUGAUCAUUGUAUGUAGUCACUUUAAUACCAACUAGAUGAACUUGUUUCAUAUUGUUAUGGCUAUACAACAAAAGUUUAUGUAUUUAAGUAAG